GCCGACCCAUCCAAUAUGGCUGCAUCGCUGUUACGCCCUUCAGCACCCAAUCUGUGGUUGUUUAUUGAUUGGUCUUGUCUGAAAAGUCCCAUGAUCCUUCACUACUUAAAUGCCACAUGUUAUUUUUGGACCAAUCGUUUGGGUUGUUCUUCUAUCGCUAUUCUCCGAUUGGUUCUAAGAGGAGCUAACCCCUUCUCGGUCAUCAUGUCUUCAUUUAACGGCGGAGGAGCUAAACGGGAGGAGAAGGGCAGAAACAUCCAGGUCGUUGUAAGAUGCAGACCUUUCAACACCAUGGAGCGAAAGUCUUCACAUGCAGUCAUCGACUGUGAUCAGAACAGGAAAGAGGUGAUCGUGAAGACGGGGGGAGUGAACGAUAAGGCCUCGCGGAAAACCUACACCUUCGAUAUGGUCUUUGGUCCAGCUGCCAAGCAGAUCGACGUGUACAGGAGUGUUGUUUUUCCCAUUCUGGACGAAGUCUUUAUGGGAUACAACUGCACCAUUUUUGCCUACGGUCAGACUGGAACAGGAAAGACGUUCACCAUGGAGGGAGAGAGGAGCCCUGAUGGGCAGUUCACCUGGGAGGAGGACCCACUGGCUGGGAUCAUCCCCCGAACGUUGCAUCAGAUCUUUGAGAAGCUAACCGAGAACGGCACAGAGUUCUCUGUGAAGGUUUCGCUGUUGGAGAUCUACAACGAAGAGCUGUUUGACCUUCUCAGCCCCACGGAGGAUGUGAAUGAACGGCUGCUGAUCUUUGAUGACCCCCGAAACAAGCGCGGCGUGGUGGUGAAGGGUCUGGAGGAGGUGACGGUCCAUAACAAAGACGAGGUGUACCAGAUCCUGGAGUGGGGAGCAGCCAAGAGGAGGACAGCCUCCACUCUCAUGAACUCCUACUCCAGCCGUUCCCACUCGGUGUUCUCCGUAACGAUUCACAUGAAGGAGAUCACAAUGGACGGAGAGGAGCUGGUGAAGAUCGGCAAACUUCAUCUGGUGGAUCUGGCUGGCAGCGAGAACAUUGGGCGCUCUGGUGCAGUGGACAAACGAGCUCGUGAGGCAGGAAACAUCAACCAGUCUCUGCUGACGCUGGGCCGAGUGAUCACUGCGCUGGUGGAGAAGAGGCCUCACAUCCCCUACAGAGAGUCUAAACUCACUAGAAUCCUUCAGGACUCCCUGGGAGGACGAACUAAAACCUCCAUCAUUGCCACAGUAUCUCCAUCCUCCAGCAACAUGGAGGAGACCAUGAGCACUCUGGAGUACGCCUGCAGAGCCAAGAACAUAAUGAACAAACCUGAGGUCAACCAGAAACUCACAAAGAGGACUCUGAUUAAGGAAUAUACGGAGGAGAUCGAGCGGCUGAAACGUGACCUGAUUGCUGUCAGAGAAAAGAACGGAGUUUAUUUGUCUUCAGAAAACUACGAGAGCAUGAUGACACAGAUCACGGCUCAUGAGGAGCAGAUUGCAGAAUACGUGGACAAAAUCAUAAUCAUGGAGGAGGAGCUUAGAAAGGUGACCGAGCUGUUUGAGGACAGCCAAACCAAACUGGAGCAGUGCACCGCUGACCUGGAUGAGAAGCAUAAGAGGCUGGAGGAGACGAGCAAAGACCUGCAGCAGACCAAGGAGAAGCUGGUUGAGGAGGAGUUCAUCUGCUCAGAGGUCACUUCUGUCCACGAGUCUCUGUACAACACAGCUGGACAGCUGCUGAGCACUGCCGACGCCAGCACCAGAGACGUGUCGGGUCUCCACGACAAGCUGGACAGGAAGAAAAAGGUGGAGAAUCACAACAAAGAGAUGCAGCAAAGCUUUGCUGAGCGGAUGGAUGGAGCCUUGAGCAGCAUGCAACGCUGCGUCCACCGUCACGGAGCCAAACACAACGAGCUGCUCAGCAGCUGCUCACAGGCUGUUGACGGUCUGCUCAUGAUGAAUGAGGUGGCGCUGAAAAGCACCGUCACCACCAUGGAGUCACUUGUAGGCGGAGUCAGGUCGGUGGUGGCUGAGGGCGUGGCUCGCUGUCGGGAGAAGCUCCAGCAGCAUGAAUCGGUGUGUCUGCAGGACAAGGAGAGUCUGCUGCAGCUGCUGGAGGAGCAUCAGCAGGACAUGGAGGAUGUCCUGGCUGCUCGGACUCUGAUGGGUUUAUCUGCUGUCAACGAGCUGAGUGAUGUUCUGAGGUCCUCCGUGGAGAAGCAGCGAGCUCUGGCUGACAAGGUGGAGGAGUCUGUGGGUCUGUUUUUCAACAGUUUGCAUCAGGACCUGGACAGUCUUCGAGAGGAGGCCGUCCACAGACUGAGCUCCCUGCAGGACGAACAGGACAAGCUGGAGGACAGGAUCAGUCAGGCACAGGAGAGACAACGGCUGGGUAUGCAACGGACCAUCCAGUGCCUGCAGGACCAGCUCAACCUGUUGAGCUUGCAGAGCCAGCAGGACUACGCUGACCUGAGAUCAGCCUCCGAAGCUCUGAAGGCUCCUGCUCUGAGCCUCCAGGAGAGCAUAUGCAGCGGCUGCAGCUCAAUGAAGGAUCAGGCAACAGCUCAAGCGGACCUCCACCUCACAACCUCCUCCACCCUUGCCUCUAGUCUGCAUCAGACCCAGCAGCAUGUGGAGGAGAUGAAGGGUUACUGCGCCGACCUCCACAGCUCCAUUUCUGGUCUGGUGGAUCGAGACCUCCGAUGGAACCUCGGUGUCAGGGAUCACACUGAGCGCCAGACCCAGGAACAUCUGUCUGUGAUGGAGAAGGUUUCUGCUGAAGCCGCGAGCAUCAAUCAGGAUGUUGAUACUUGCUGCACCAACCAGCUUCAGACAGCAGAGAAGGAGUUGUCAGGUCACCGGGAGGAGGUGAAGCAGGCUCUGUUGGCCAUACAGAAUCAGACCUCUAUGGACCAGACCAUUCUGGAGCAGCAGCAGGCGGAGCUGGAGGACCACGUGGAGGCGAACCAGCAACUGGUCCGCAAAUUCCUGCAGAGUGAGCUGCAGCAAGACAUCCCCACCGGCACGACUCCUCAGCGUCGGGAGUUUGAGUAUCCACGGAAGCUGGACAAGUCUCGCAGCCGCAACGAGCUGCUGGAGAUUCUGAGGAGGCAGCAGGAGGAGCUCCAGGCUGCUCUGGAGGAGGAGAAGGAGGAGGAGGAAGACGACAAACAGAGUCAGCCAGAGCCUGAUUCUCUGGAAGAGGAGACGAGUAAAAGCAACGAGAGUUUGGCCACAGAGCUGUCCUUCGAUGAGAACCUGGUGUUCAACGAGAGCAAACGGGUUCCUUUCUUUAAGCAGAAAAAAGGCAAGAUGACAAAGAUCCCCACCAGGUCUAAAGUGUCAGAAAACAACGACUCUCUGCAAACGACUCCUCAGAAAACUCGAGCCCCGCUCCACUGUAUCAACUAAAGUUUUAACUACUUUCCCACGGUCUGAUUUCUGUUUUGAAUGUUCUCUCAUCUGUCCUAUUUCAGCUGACUUUCUCAGCAUUUUAUGCUUUCAACUCCAAUAAAGGCAUUUAUGCUUGUUUUGUACUUUUCUCAGUAGUUUUAAAAGUGGGUGUAUAAAUUUAAAUGUUUUAGCAGAACCGCUAGCUUCUGCAAAAUUCUAAAUAAAAUUGUUUUCUGAUUUUCUUUUUUUA